UAUUUUCUUGGCCUAUAUAUGAUAUCACCCUCUCUCUCUCUCUCUCUCUUUCUCUCUGAUCUGAAUACAAUAAAGUCCAAUUCUUCUGUCAUUUGCUUAUCAAUUAUCAUAAGAGCACUCAGCAAUUGGCAGCUAAAUCUACAAAAAAAACCUUUACAACAUCCACACAGAAAGAAAGACAUGGCUGAAUCUUCCACUCCUGCCAAGGUCGAGUUAUUAGCAACCAAAACUGUGCAAGAGCAACUCACUGAAGGAGAAGUACUGGUGCCACAGAAAUAUAUUCUCAAAGAUGGAAUCCCACUUCCAAAUGCUUCUGUUGAGUUGAUGGAUGUUCCGGUUAUUGAUCUUGGUCUCCUCGCACCUUCCUCAUUCAGUAUGGAAGAAUUUGACAAACUCAGAUCAGCUCUUACCAAAUGGGGUUGCUUUCAGGUAAUAAACCAUGGAAUGACUCCUGAAUUCCUUGACAAAGUCCGUGAAAUCACGAAACAAUUUUUUGCACUUCCACUGGAAGAGAAGCAGAAAUAUUUGAGGCCAGCCGACAACAUUGAAGGAUAUGGGAAUGACAUGGUUUUUUCAGAGCAGCAAACACUUGAUUGGACUGAUAGACUAUACCUUACUGUAUAUCCACCAGACAAGCGCAAGCUCAAGUUUUGGCCUGAAAAUCCCAAAUCUUUUAGGGAUACUCUAGACCAAUAUACCAGUAAGUUACAGGUCAUAACAGAAACUGUCCUUAAGGGCAUGGCGCGGUCAUUGAAUUUGGAGGAAGAUUGCUUUCUGGACAAGUAUGGAGAACAAAGGAAAAUGGAUGCCAGGUUUAACUUCUAUCCUCCUUGUUCAAGGCCUGAUCGCGUACUAGGUGUCAAGCCACAUGCAGAUGGAACAAUAAUCACCCUUCUGUUGCAAGAUAAAGAAGUGGAAGGUCUUCAAUUUCUGAAAGAUGGUCAAUGGUUUAGAGCUCCAAUUGUUCCUGAGGCACUUCUAAUUAAUGUUGGUGAUCAAGCAGAGAUAUUGACUAAUGGACUGUUCAAGAGCCCAGUGCACAAGGUAGUGACAAAUGCAGAAAAGGAGAGGAUUUCUUUGGCUACGUUUUGUGUCCCGGAUUCAGAGACAGAUAUCGAACCCUUUGAAGGCCUCAUCAAUGAGUCAAGGCCAAGGUUGUACAAAAAGUUGAAAAACUACGUUGGCAUCUAUUUUGAAUACUACCAGCAGGGAAGAAGACCAAUUGAAGCAGCAAUUAUAUAACCUUGAUUAUGCAUCUCUUAUGGCUUGUAGCAAAAGAUGAAUAACUUCAGGUUUUAUUACUCAGAAGAUAGUGGCAUGAAUCCUAAGAAAUAAAUAUUUUUGUUUUCUUCUA